AAUGCUGAAGCUGUUCGAUAGAUCGGAGGAGAAAAAGAGGUUGGAAUCGAUGCUGGCGAAGUUGGAUACGAAAUCGCAGCUCGUGCAAGAGCCAAGCCUUAGCUCGGCUCGGGAGAAAAAUAAUAAGAUGGCGUCGUCAGUGCAAUCAAAAGUACAAAAAGAAACUGCAGCUCACGCUGAGGAGGGGGGAUCGUCGAAAAAGCUUCCUCCCGAUCGCAACAAGAUGAAACGGCUUGUGAAUAACAGGGUGUCGAGCCAACGGUGUAGGAUUAAGAGGGAGUUAAAGCGUAUGGAGCUCGAGGAGAAAUGUAGCCAAUUGAUGUUGGAGACGCAAAAAUAUCCUGUUAUGAUCGACUAUUACACUCGUCAACAGACUCAACUGAAGGAGGAGAACGAAAAGCUCAAGCAGAGCAUAGCAAAUGUGAAUUUGAAGUUGUUCUACGGUGAAAUGACAGCAGAUUACUUAAAGAAAGAAAUACAGGAUUUGCGAAUGCUUUAUGAAGCAAAGGUGGCGGAAGUUCAACUUGAACAGCAACUGCAAACUCAGAAUCUCCAAUAUGAUCCCUUAGCUGCUGCCAACAAUUUUAAUAUAUUUUUCGGAUAAUUCCAAAUAUAAGUUUGAGUGUUAUGCUUUUAUUUCAUGGUCCAUCAGUUAACUCUACCAAUUAUAUUUUACUGCUAUCUUGUGGAACUGGAGAGAAAAGGAAGUUCACUUUGUUUUAAUGUUGUUAUUUUUA